AUGACCUCUGCCCUCUGUCUCUCCCUACAUUACUGUUCUUUCAUGAUUGUACAUGGGAAACACUUAUUUCAGAUCUGAAACCCCUGUCCACAACUAACUUUUAUGUCAAACGAAAAAUGUUUGCACUCACUACUGUAAGUCGCUCUGGAUAAGAGUGUCUGCUAAAUGACUAAAAUGUUAAUCUAGCUUGUUUAUCACAUGGACUUCAUGCCUUCAGCUGCAGACAGGAACACAUUGACAGGAUUUUUCAGUCUGUUUCCUAUAGAUUUGUAUCAAUAGGUGCAUUGUUUGAUGCUGCCUAUCUGAUGACUGACAGCUCAUACUGUAUGUCUGUCCCUGUGUGUGAUCUGUAGCUGAGCCACAAGAGGAGGAGUCUCCUCGGACAUAUGAGGACGUCACCAUCGACUCCACCCACAAGGUCACUGAUCACUACAAUGUACUGGAGAAACUGGGAGUGUGAGUAUCUCCCAUGAAACAUUACACAAAACACACAUUGAAUACUUUAAUGUUCACAACAACACACACACAUGCCUGUGUGUGAUGCAGUGUAGCUAACAAAAUGAGUUAAACUCACUGCCCCCAGAUCGGCAGGUUAGCGAUAAUCUCUCUUAUCCUCAUGAAGGUUCAUUGACAUGAACAAAAAUGUAUGUUCAUCUACAUGUAAGGAACACUCACUAUCUUGUUCAAUGCCAACUCUUGUUCACAAGGUUUUUCAAGUGAAAAAAAAAGUUCCCUCCUCUCUGAAAUGUCAAAGGCAUGGCUGAUCAGGCCUUGACAAAAACACUUGUUGAUUCAGUGUUCAGUCAACAGAGAGAGGAGGGGAGAAUAUCGCUUCAUUCUAGUUCUGUAGUUGAGACCCUGAGUUUUUCCUGACAAUGACCUGACCAGGAAAACCCCUGAGUUUUUUACAUGGUCAGGGAAAACUCAGAGAAAGCCACCCUUCCUCUACAUUCCUGGGCAGAUCUAGGUCAGAUCUCCAGUUAGCUCAGAUCUCCAGAUGGAGGAAGUUGGUCUGGAGCCAUGAUUAUACAUGGGCUUUACAGACGGUUUGGCACCGAUUACAAUUGCAUUAUGGUCCAUGGGGUUCACAUGUACAGUACCAGUCAAAGGUUUGGACACACCUACUCAUUCAAGGGUUUUUCUUUAUUUGUACUAUUUUCUACAUUGUAGAAUAAUAGUGAAGACAUCAAAACUAUGAAUUAACACAUAUGAAAUCAUGUAGUAACCAAAAAAGUGUUAAACAAAUCAAAAUAUAUUUGAGAUUCUUCAAAGUAGCCACCCUUUGCCUUGAUGACAGCUUUGCACACUCUUGGCAUUCUCUCAACCAGCUUCAUGAGGAAUGCUUUUCCAACAGUCUUGGAGGAGUUCCCACAUAUGCGGAGCACUUGUUGCCUGCUUUUCCUUCACUCUGUGGUCCAACUCAUCCCAAACCAUCUCAAUUGGGUUGAGGUCGGGUCAUUGUGGAGGCCAGGUCAUCUGAUGCAGCACUCCAUCACUCUCCUUGGUCAAAUAGCCCUUGCACAGCCUGGAGGUUUGUUUUGGGUCAUUGCCCUGUUGAAAAACUAAUGAUAGUCCCACUAAGCGCAAACCAGAUGUGAUGGCGUAUCGCUGCAGAAUGCUGUGGUAGCCAUGCUGGUUAAGUGUGCCUUGAAUUCUAAAUAAAUCGCUGACAGUGUCACCAGCAAAGCAACCCACACCAUCAUACCUCCUCCUCCAUGCUUCACGGUGGGAACCACACAUGCAGAGAUCAUCCGUUCACCUACGCGGUUGGAACCAGAAAUCUCAAAUUUGGACUCAUCAGACCAAAGGACAGAUUUCCACUGGUCUAAUGUCCAUUGCUUGUGUUUCUUGGCCCAAGCAAGUCUCUUCUUCUUAUUGGUGUCCUUUGGUAGUGGUUUCUUUGCAGCAAUUCGACCAUGAAGGCCUGAUUCACGCAGUCACCUCUGAACAGUUGAUGUUGAGAUGUGUCUGUUACUUGAACUCUGUGAAGCAUUUAUUUGGGCUGCAAUCUGAGGUGCAGUUAACUCUAAUGAACUUAUCCUCUGCAGCAGAGAUAACUCUGGGUCUUCCUUUCUUAUGGCGAUCCUCAUGAGAGCCAGUUUCAUCAUAGCGCUUGAUGGUUUUUGCGACUGCACUUGAAGAAACCUUCAAAGUUCUUCACAUUUUCCAUAUUGACUGACCUUCAUGUCUUAAAGUAAUGAUGGACUGUCAUUUCUCGUUGCUUAUUUGAGCUGUUCUUGCCAUAAUAUGGACUUGGUCUUUUACCAAAUAGGGCUAUCUUCUGUAUCCCACCCCUACCUUGUCACAACACAACUGAUUGGCUCAAACGCAUUAAGAAGGAAAGAAAUUCCACAAAUUAACUUUUAAUAAGGCGCACCUGUUAAUUGAAAUGCAUUCCAGGUGACUACCUCAUGAAGCUGGUUGAUAGAAUGCCAAGAGUGUGCAAAGCUGUCAUCAAGGCAAAGGGUGGCUACUUUGAAGAAUCUCAAAUAUAAAAUAUAUUUUGAUUUGUUUUUGGUUACUACUUGAUAUAUUAUAUCAUAGUUUUGAUGUCUUCACUAUUAUUCUACAAUGUAGAAAAUAGUAAAAAUAAAGAAAAACCCUGGAGUGAGUAGGUGUGUCCAAACUUUCUACUGGUACUGUAUGUCUAUAGCAGGUGUGGGCAAAAUACAGAUCCGGCCUACGAGCCCAUUCAAUCCGGCCCACGGGAGGUUUGAGUAUUUAUAAAUGUUUUGGGGAAAGGAUUAUUAUGGGUUAAAAAAAACACUCCAGGCUACUCUUGAACAUCUAAAACUAGAUAAACAACUUUAAAACGUGUAGGCUGACCCUCCGCGGUGUGCUUGGAAAACCUUUUUUAUACCACUUUUCAGCGCCAUAGGCUUGAAUGGGAAGUAUUUGGCUACGCCACUGCUCUUGAACCGUUAACGCUACCAAUACCAAAAUAACUUUAAAAUGUGCAGACUGGCACUGGUACUGUUGCUUGAGAAUAAAAAAAGUAUAUAUAUAUAUAUAUACUACUUAUACUUUGCAUACUACCACUAUUGCAUAAAUCCCAAUGCAUUUCAGGGGCAAUAGAUUUGAAUGGGAAAAAUGACUACUAGUCCUCCACCGUUUUCAGCUAGAAACGUCAUUCAAACUUUCAAACGUGCAGACCGGUCUGGAAUAGGUUGCUUGUAUACUGACCGCAACUACUGAACCAUACAACUACUGACCACAACUACUGACCACAGCUAUUUACCACAACCACCCAACUACUGACCACAGCUAGAAACACCACCCCAACGUUGACAUGUGCAGACUGACUCAAUUUAGAUGCCUUCAACACAGCUUUUUGCUAUCAUUCCUACUUCAUAAACUAUAAAGCUGGUUGUAUCCCCAUUCAUUUCAAUGUCGGAAUGCAGGCUUCAACAUUCAAAACUGAAAUCACUGCCGAAACUUUCAGACAAAACAUUUUGAGAGCUUAAAAACACAUUAUAUGGCUUAUGAUGAUAUAGUACUCACUCUAGCCUAAUAUACCAGCCUACUAUAACCCAUUAUAAUAACUCCACACCUACAACCAUUCCAAAAUAGGUCACUAUCACUAACCCGUAUUCUAUGAAAACCCUAUUUCUACCAUUAUUACUACAGCCUUCACUACAACUGCUUUCAUUACCAUGAAAAACACCUAAAGAGGAGCAAGCAAACCACAUUUUAUUCAGGAAAUGUAAUUUUCUAGUUAACGACGUGUAUCUGCUGUGACACUCCACAGGGGGAAGUUUGGCCAGGUGUUCAAACUGACCCACAAGGAGACGGGCCGUGUGUGUGCCGGGAAGUUCUAUAAGGGCCGGCGUGCCAAGGAGAGGGAGGCGGCCCGUAAAGAGAUAAAGCUGAUGAACUACCUGCACCACCCCAAACUGGUCCAGUGUCUGGGGGCCUAUGAUCUCAAGCCAGAGAUGGUCAUGGUCAUGGAGUUGUAAGUACAGUAUCUAGACAACAAACAUUGACCACAAUACAUGGCAGUGGAAGCCAUAGAGCCCUGUAGAAGUAAAUGCAUGAGGUCCGGUGUCACUAAUGUGAAUUGAGUUAAUUUGAAUUGAAUUGAAUCAAAUUUAAAUUACAACCUUAUUGAUCCUGUGAUUGUUUGUGUAUGUGUGCAGCAUUGCUGGAGGUGAGCUGUUUGAGCGUAUAGUGGACGACAGCUUUGUGCACACAGAGCCGGCCAGUGUACGCUACAUGCAACAGAUCGUAGAGGGGAUUGGCUACAUGCACCAGCAGCACAUAGUCCACCUGGACCUGAAGCCUGAAAACAUAGUGUGUGUUGACCACACUGGCACGCGCAUCAAGAUCAUUGACUUUGGCCUGGCCAGCAAGCUGGGUGAGUGUGGGGCUGGCUGAGGGACAGAGCCAAGGGUGUUGAAUGGUGCUGCAUGUUUUGGAAGCAUUGUUGGUUUGCAUUGCAACACCUGGAAAAUGAAUGAUGUCCCUGAAAAGAUUUUGAGCUCAAAUUUCUGCCUCUCUGUUCACUGAUAUACAGUGCUAUGAAAAAGUAUUUUCCCCCUUUCUAAUUUUCUCAACUUUUGCAUAUUUGUGAUACUGAAUGUUAUCAGAUCUUCAACCAAAACCUAAUAUUAGAUAAAGGGAACAUAAGUGAACAAAUAACACAACAAUUACAUAUUUAUUUCAUAAACAAAGUUAUGCAACACCCAAUUCCCCUGUGUGAAAAAGUAAUUGCCCCCUUACACUCAAUAACUGGUUGUGCCACCUUUAGCUGCAAUGACUCCAACCAAAUGCUUCCUGUAGUUGUUGAUCAGUCUCUCACGUCGCUGUGGAGGAAUUUUGGCCCACUCUUCCAUGCAGAACUGCUUUAACUCAGUGACGUGUGGGUUUUCAAGCAUGAACUGCUCGUUUCAAGUCCUGCCACAACAUCUCAAUUGGGAUUAGGUCUGGACUUUGACUAGGCCAUUCCAAAACUUCCAAUUUGUUGCUUUUUAGCAAUUUUCAUGUAGACUUGAUUGUGUGUUUUGGAUCAUUGUCUUGCUGCAUGACCCAGCUGCGCUUCAGCUUCAGCUCACAGACGGAUGGUCUGACAUUCUCCUGUAGAAUUCUCUGAUAUAGAGCAGAAUUCAUGGUUCCUUCUAUUAAGGCAAGUCGUCCAGGUCCUGAGGCAGCAAAGCAUCCCCAAACCAUCACACCACCACCACCAUGUUUGACCUUUGGUAUGAUGUUCUUACUGUGGAAUGCAGUGUUUGGUUUUCGCCAGGCAUAAUGGGACCCAUCUCGUCCAAAAAGUUGACUCAAGUUUGCCAAAAAGCACCUGGAUGAUCAUCAAGACUCUUGGAAGAACGUUCUAUGGACAGAUGAUUCAAAAGUAUAACUUUUUGUACGACAUGGUUCCAGUAAUGCCUGGCGAAAACCAAACACUGCAUUCCACAGUAAGAACAUCAUACCAAAGGUCAAGCAUGGUGGUGGUGGUGUGAUGGUUUGGGGAUGCUUUGCUGCCUCAGGACCUGGACGACUUGCCUUAAUAGAAGGAACCAUGAAUUCUGCUCUGUAUCAGAGAAUUCUACAGGAGAAUGUCAGACCAUCCGUCUGUGAGCUGAAGCUGAAGCGCAGCUGGGUCAUGCAGCAAGACAAUGAUCCAAAACACACAAUCAAGUCUACAUGAAAAUUGCUAAAAAGCAACAAAUUGGAAGUUUUGGAAUGGCCUAGUCAAAGUCCAGACCUAAUCCCAAUUGAGAUGUUGUGGCAGGACUUGAAACGAGCAGUUCAUGCUUGAAAACCCACACGUCACUGAGUUAAAGCAGUUCUGCAUGGAAGAGUGGGCCAAAAUUCCUCCACAGCGACGUGAGAGACUGAUCAACAACUACAGGAAGCAUUUGGUUGGAGUCAUUGCAGCUAAAGGUGGCACAACCAGUUAUUGAGUGUAAGGGGGCAAUUACUUUUUCACACAGGGGAAUUGGGUGUUGCAUAACUUUGUUUAUGAAAUAAAUAUGUAAUUGUUGUGUUAUUUGUUCACUUAUGUUCCCUUUAUCUAAUAUUAGGUUUUGGUUGAAGAUCUGAUAACAUUCAGUAUCACAAAUAUGCAAAAGUAGAGAAAAUUAGAAAGGGGGCAAAUACUUUUUCAUACCACUGUAUGUAUGGGCUGUGUCUCAAAUGGUACCCUAUUACCUAUAUAGUGAAUAACUUUUGAUAAGGGCUCAUAGGGCUCUGUUAGAAAGGGCCUGUUCAAAAUUUGUGCACUAUGUAGGGAAUAGGGUGCCAUUUGGGAUGCAACCUCAUUAUCCCGAGGUGUUGUCUGUCCUCCAGACCCCUCCACUCCCCUGAAGGUGAUGCACGGGACACCAGAGUUUGUGGCUCCAGAGGUGAUCGGCUAUGAGACUGUUAGCUUAGCUACAGACAUGUGGAGCAUUGGAGUCAUCUGCUACAUAUUGUGAGUACUAAGGCACUAUUCUGUUUCAUUCAUUCUCGAUUAGACCUUCUUCUUCUCUGCCUAUAACAGGGCUUGACAAACUGGAGCUUUUCUGCCACCUAGUGGCCAUAUAUUGCUAUUGCUCAUAUAUCAAGUUCAAACGCGCGUGUGUGUACGUGUGUGUACGUGUACGUGUGUGUGUUCAGACUGAGUGGCGAGUCUCCCUUCCAGGGUAAUAGUGAGGCAGAGACCCUGGCCUUGGUAACUGGUGCUCAGUGGGAGUUUGACGAAGAGAGUUUCGAAGAGAUCACUGACCAGGCCAAAGACUUCAUCAGCUCCCUGCUCAACAAGGAACCAAGGUCUGGGACAACACCAUAUACCUGUACCAAUAUAUAGUCUCUGAGUGACUAUGGAUGAGCCUAUCCCUCAAGGACCUGCCCUCGAUGUCUCCCCUCUAACCCUCCCUGUUUUGCCUCUCAACCUCCCUGUCUCCCCUCUAACCCUCCCUGUUUUGCCUCUCAACCUCCCUGUCUCCCCUCUAACCCUCCCUGUUUUGCCUCUCAACCUCCCUGUCUCCCCUCUAACCCUCCCUGUCUCCCCUCUAACCCUCCCGGUCUGUCCUCUAACCCUCUCUGUCUGUCCCCACCCAGGCGCAGGAUAUCCUGUGAGGAGGCUCUGGUCCACUCCUGGAUAGCUGAGCCCAUCUCAGCAGACCCCAGGACCACCAAGUGUCUCUCCAAGGAGAAGAUGAAGAGGUACCUCGCCAAGCAGAAGUGGAAGGUAGGUAGUGGGUUCCCCACCAAGAUUAUACUUUGUAUUUUAGUACAUUUCAGUUCUUUCAUUAUUUAAUCAUACCCCAGUAGGUGUGUGAAACCCAUUUACUGAAGCCUCUCUGUGUAUCUCCUGUAGAAAACAGGGAAGGCCCUGCUGGCGCUGAAGAGGAUGGCUCUGUUGUCUAAAGCCGAUGGGCCUGGCUCUCCCACCCCCCCUACAGAAGGUGAGACCUCCCGCCAUACUUCCAAAGCCUGCCAUACUCAAUCCAAACCAUGUCAGUUUUACUCCUCUUAUUUUAGGCUCGUAACCCUACCAUUCCUCGUGAUGUAUGACCCUGUUAGCCCGGUCAACCAGAUGGGAGCUACGCAUACCAUUGGUUCACUUGUGCUCAGUCUGGCUGACCAGUCUAUGACUCUGCUGUGAGCCUUGACCCUGUGUCUGACCCCUGACAGACAGUCUCCUGAGUCCCGAGGCAGAGCAGGCCCUGCGGUCUCUAGAGGUCAAACUCCAGGGGGUGCCCCAGUUCUCCCUGACCCUAACGGACCAGACAGCCUCCCAGGGCUCCACCGCCCGCCUCUCCUGUCACCUCACAGGUACCUACCUGUGCACUGAUUUACACUACAAAUGGCUUCCACAUGUUUGGUUGACCGAAUUACACAUUUUCACUAAGUUUCAGCUGGUGCUUGUAAAGAUUUUAAAUGCUUUGUUUUAAAGUUGGACAUUGAUUAAGAGCAAUCAUGCCUAACUAACUCCCUUUCUCAAGGACGCACAGCUGCAUCGUGCUGUGUAAAACACUUUAAGUAGUUAGUGUGUAACUGUUACAUUCCAUUUCCUGAGCUCUUGUCAUUGGAUGUUUCCUCUCUCUCUCCCCCUCUGAUCCCUUCUCUCACCCCUCUGACCUCUCCUUUCAGGGUACCCUGACCCAGAGGUGGUGUGGUUGAGGGGUGAGGAGCCUCUGGAGGAGUCAUCCCGGGUGCAGAUAGAGUAUGAAGAGGAUGGGUUCUGCACCCUGGUCCUGGCCCAAGUUGGACCAGAGGACUCUGAUAUUUACACCUGUAGGGCCACCAACGACCAGGGGGAGGCACUGUGUUCAGCCAAACUCAUAGUAAAGGAAUAG